UGCGCCCAUGGAAAGCAUUGCAUUUUGUAAAAUUGUUAACGAACCUAGUUUUCUGUUUGUUGCUGGUGGCCAUGCCGAAGACUCGAUAGUUGUUUCAAACAAAACGAAAUCAUGCAACAUAUAUACGCUAGCAGACCAGAAAUUAGUGAAAAGCUGGUCUCUACGCCAUGGAGUUACAAUUACAAGUCCAGUACAGUGGGAUAAAAAACAACAAAAGUUUAUGUGUGUUGCAAAUUAUAAGGAUGUGCAUACUUGGGACAUAGCAACAAAUGAUUGGGAAAAAUCAAAGAAAAAACAUUCUACUCUGCCCAUACAUGAGCUGAUGGUAGUUGAUAGUGAGGAAGCAGUGAUACUGUACAGUUCUGGGGCUAUAGGUCCCCUCUCGGGCCUCAAACAGCCGCCCAGUCCUGGCCCAGUCACAGGUACAGAUGCCAUAUUGUGGGCCCAGGCUGCACAGCUGGCGGGGAGGGUUACAGUCAUGUAUAUUGCAGGGAAUGAGGGCAACAUGACACUGUAUGUAUACAGCCAGACUGAUGACUCCUGGGAAUGCACAGAGUCCAAGAUUUCCCCACCUAAAGUUGGGGUCAGCCUCUCAACCUGUGAUUGCACUGUUUCAGAAUCUUCUGCUGACAUAAUUCUGCUUUGGUCUGGCGGCCAGCUAACUACAGUCUCAGUGGGGGUCGGAACUAUCACUCAAGGCAGUCUGUCCCACACAGUGCAUGGUUGCCAAGGGGAGGUUGCCAUGGUAACCUUAAAUGACUUUCACAUUGCUGUUGCCGGCGUCCAGAAAGAUGGGAAAUAUGGUAUAUGCAUCAUUGACAUGAAGUAUGGACUCCAGAAAUCCUUCCAACCUUUCGCAGAAAGACCACAGUGUAAACCAAAGUUGGUGCAUGUGGGAGACCGCCUGUUUGUGCCCUGCCAUACGACCCUGUAUGUAUACCAGUACCAGUGUGAGCCCUCAACCCUCGCCAGCCUGCUGGGACAGACUGGGGCCGGGGAACAUACAGACACACACACCGUCCCGGCACACCUACACUGGGAACCCAACAUAAAGCCUCAGAAAGAGCAUGUGACUAAGAAUCCUGACAAAUUACUUGAGAAGUUCCAGAAGGCAAUUAACAAAUCAUCAGACUACCAGCAGUUCAAAAAAGCAUUUUCGUCACUAGUUUUGGACCUUAAGAAAGCAGAGAAUCACCAUUGGUUGAUGAGUAAUCACAUGACCCAGCUGGUGCAGAGGAUUCUGGGAGAAAAGAAAUUCUGGGCAAACCAAGAAUUGGAGCAACUCAUUGCAAAUAACUUUAUUCCAAUCAGUGUUUUGCCUGCGUUAUUUGAGUGUCUGGCGGGAAGGAGUGAAGUAUCGCUUGUGUACCGGGCUCUCAUGUCCCUCAACAAUGUACCAGAGAGGUGCCUCUGUCAGGCUCUCACAUUCUUCCUACAAGUUAAUGAUGAGAAGAUACCUCGUUUUAUAACCUCUGACGCGGGAAAUGGUGUUGAUACAGAGGAUUUGGACAACAAAAUGGACUCUGAACAGAAUGUAGAGAGAAUAGAUGAGAAUGUUGAUGACAGUGAUGAGAAUGAUGUGUCAGAUAAUGAGGAGAGUGAUGAACAUGAGCCGGAGAUAGAUGGGGAGGGAGAUGAGGGGACGGGUGAGCAGGACAGUAUUGUUGUGGCUGACACCAAGUACAAGAGAUGGAGGGCAAAGUACCCCAUCAAGAAAAACAGAACUUACCUGGUAAACAGGGUUUUAUGUAUGUCCUACAGUGAUGUGUUUUUGUUGGAAUGCCUUCGAAACAUAAGUUUUAAGGAUGCAUUGUUGUUGUUGAAGUACCUGUGUUGGCUGUUGGAGAACCAGUCUGUAAUUUCUGACCGUGCACACUCUCCCCUCACUCUGGCUAUGGUGGUAGACUGGCUGUGCCUGGUGCUGGACGCUCACAUCACCCAGUUUGUACUCUCACCCGACUGUCAUGUUACCAUUUUGAAGCUCAAGUCCAUCAUUACAAAACAGGUGCUGUUUUUUGAUGGCCUUGUGGUGUUGGAGGCGCUGUUAGAGCAAAUGAAGGCAAAGCGCUCCCUCCCACAAGAGAAAAAUAUUGGACAUUAUUGUAUUGAAGUGCUCCAGAUCUACUGAAUAAAGUUGAAAAUCACAUAGCAUUUUAUGUUGGGGUCAGUCUGAUUUGAUGCACUGGCACCAAUUUCUUGAAACAUUUUGAGCCUAAUUCUCUAAUUUCAGUGGUCCAAAUUACUUUUAUAUGAUUGUAUGAACUAAAAACUAGUAUGUUGGAUAAUCAUAAAAUUGGUCUUCUUUGAAAAUCUCUUCAUUUCUUCAAAAUGAGAAUAAAACACAAACAAAACGAAAAAAACUACAUGAGCUUAGCUUAAUCCUGUUUUAAAAGACCUACGUGUAAGAAAAUUGAGAAAUGAGGGCCUUGUUCCUAAAACACAAAUUGGACGUCGUCGGUUAUUCAACAGUGUUGUGACCCUAACUUAUUAGUUAUAACAAUACCAAUAUACUUUGAAACUCCUACCUAAGUUAGGAAUUCUUACAUGAAUACUUUACUUAUACUGUAAGUGUGAUUUUAUUCACCUGAACAAUAUGUUACAGUUUAAAUAACUAUUUUCUUGAACGAUUUUCUCACCAUUACUUAUGGAGGUGUACAUUGCAAUGAUUGAAUUGCAAACAUUCAACAGUAACAGUGACAUUGAUCUAGAUACUGGGGUCACAAAUAAUUGAAAUGCAAUCUCGUGUGUGUUCGACCUACAAUGAAAACAGUAUGUUGGUCACUGGCUGUCAUGUAUAUAAUUACAAAACUGGACGGAUCAAUGGCAUUUGGGGGAUUUAACUACUCAUACGUAUCGAGAAGUUGAGACAGAUGCCAUACUGAUGCAGCCAAGUUAGUGGGAUAUUCCGUGGAGCCUUUGAUGUCGAGCAUGGAAGGAGUUUUGAGAUGGAAAAAACAACGCCGGAAAGGACUAACAUAACUUUUAUU